AUGCUGAGUGUUUCCUCCUGUUUCUCGCUCUCCUCACCUCCUCUCACAUUACCGCCUUAUCACUUUCCUCUUCCUGUCUCCUCCUCUUCCCUCCUCCACCUGCUUCUCCCUCUCCUCCCAUUUUCACCUUCUUUCCCUGUCUUGCUGUCUCCCACCACCACCACCACCACCACCACCACCACGUCCACCUCUACCUCGCCAUCCUCCUUCUCCUCCUCCACCAUCGCGUCUGCGGAUCUCUUUUCUUCACUGCCUCCCGUCCUGCAUCAUCUCCCACCGCGUCUGUCUUCCGAUGGUGGGCGAUUAGAUAAUCUCUGCCCUCUGAUCAGCGUGGUGAGCGGCUCACCACUCCUGCCUCGCCUCACUGUCAGCGAUAGCAAGACAGCAGUGUCGUUGACUGCAGAACGUUGUCUUGGUACACUGAUUUGCGCCACCAAGUCAGCAGUGUCCCACCAACCCUACCGAUGA